UUUUUUUUUUUUUAAUAGUCUGAAUCUGGACUUCAAGCAACACAGUGCCUGAGACAGCUCAUCUAAACCUCACUGUAUUGCAGUACUCUCUCUUCCCAAAGAAAAAGACUCCACUGAGUAGCAGAAUGCUGCCAGUGUCGCAGCUAGGGCUACAAUACAGAGCCUUUUUGUAACAUUUUUAAAAUCUCUUUCUGUUCAUACAUUUAGAGAUACAUAAAUAUACUCAUAUAAAAAUUCUUCCUUUUUUGAGGACACUUUUGGCUUUUGUUACCCUGAUGUGACUUAUUCUUCGUCUUGGAAUGAUGGGGAUCUUUCUAGCUUAUGUUGGAUUCAUUUUUUUUUCAGUUAUGUAUAUUCAACAAGGACUGUCUACCCAAGCAAAAUUCACUGAGUUUCCCCGAAAUGUCACGGCAACUGAAGGGCAGAAUGUGGAGAUGUCUUGUGCUUUCCAAAGUGGCUCCACUUCGGUGUACCUUGAAAUCCAGUGGUGGUUUCUGCGGGCUGCUGAGGACCAAGAGGCUGGAGCUGAGGUGACAGGAACUCAGGUGGAGCUCCUGCCCGAGCGGGACCUGGAGAGCGACGGCACGAAGAUAAGCACAGUGAAAGUACAAGGGAAUGACAUCUCCCACAAGCUGCAGAUUUCAAAAGUAAGGAAAAAAGAUGAAGGCUUGUAUGAGUGCAGGGUGACCGAUGCCAACUAUGGAGACCUUCAGGAAUACAAGGCCCAGGCAUAUCUCAAAGUCAACGCUAACAGCCACUCUCGGCGAAUGCAGGCCUUUGAGGCAUCUCCAAUGUGGUUGCAAGAUAUGAAACCUCGCAAAAACAUCUCAGCAGCUGUUCCAAGUAGCAUCCAUAACCCUGCCAAUCAGCGUGUGCGUGCCACCUCCAGCCCUGAAGCAGCAGCCAAAAUCCCCAAACAAAGUCCACAAUCAGCAAAGAGCAAAUCGCCUGUAAAAUCCACGGAGCGGACAGCAAAGUUGACCCUAACCUCCAACCACCACUCUGCACCCAAUGUACUCUAAAUCUCUACACAAGGAGCACCUUCUUCAGGAAGUACAAACAAAAAUACUAAACAAACAAAUAAAUAAAUAAAUAUUGUAAAAGGAAGAGGAUACCACGUUUUCUUGAUAUAUCUUAUUUUCUUUGGCGUAUCACUGAUCUUUUAUUUGAGGAGAACUGGUGUGAUGUAAUCAAAUGUUUCGUAACAGCAAGACCUAGUUUCCUUUUCUUUCGGCAAGGAGAAGCCUCAUCCUUGACUUCUCAGGGGUUGGUCUGCAAGUCAUCAGUAUUGUAGAAUUAACCAUGGAUGACAUUUGGCUUCCUACGCUGAAAGAACUGUUCCAGCCUAGAAGCAAAUAGAGGCCAAAUAAUGAGAUGAAACAUAGUGAUUCAACGUUGACCCCCAAAACUACCCUACAAGUUUUGCCAGAAAGUGUGUUUAUUUUUUAUUUUUCUUUUCUUUAUUUUUUCCAUUUUUCCUGUUUUUUGUUUUUUUUUUUUCCCCCCUACGUGAGCAAUAGGAAGGAGAAAAGAAAUUCUGCAGAGCAGCUAAGCAGACCAGAGGACAUCUUCUUCUGGAAAACAAAUGAUAAUAGUUUGUUGUUAUCAUUGUUAUACUUUUUCCUCUGUGAGUUUUCUUUAACUUUUUUGUUUGUUUGUUUCUUGUUCAACGGUGGCAACUGCUGACUUAGGCCAACCCCUGAUGACUGCGUGGAGGUUUAUAUAUAUACAUCUUUCUUUUUGUGUGUGUUCUAUAAUUCAAUGUGUUUUCUCUUAUUUUGCAACUCCUGUAUAUGCAAAACUAACUUAAAUUCUGUAAAUUGCUUACAGUCUGUGUGAUAUAACUUCCAAGUAGAUAUACUUUGGUCCUCAUGCAAGCCAGUUUUUAAUAUUAUCUGUAUG